AUGGUGGGGAUGGGCCCGAAUGCGCUGAAACCACCCUUCUCAGCACUCUCACCCCCUGUAUCCCCCGACUCAGGUCCUCGUUCAGCUCCCGCAGGUCCCUCGACCGGCUAUAAUAGCACCUCCACUGACACCCAAAUUCUCCACAAUCAACGCCUCGAGCUGCAGGAUCGUCUCAAGCGUCUCUCUCAUCAGGAUCCUCUCUAUUUCGAUCCUGCUCUGCUCCCAUCACCAUCUGCGCGCGACAACAAUAGCAGUCCCGGCACCUGCGCCAACCCCCCGACUCUUCACAGCAUCUUUGAGAACUUUAGCACCGAGCCCUUUCGCAAGCUGCGGCCCCCCGAGCGCUACCCCGGCGAGCAGGGCGACCCGUACACAGAUCCCCGUGUCCACCCUCUCCACGCCCCCAUUGGCACCGCCUCCUCCUCCUCAACUGCCGCAGCAUCACCGCCGCCGGCGCCAUCCACCUCGACGCGUAGCCGCAUCUGCCAAUCGUCUGCUGCUGCUUCUUUCUCCUUCUCCGACCAUUCAUCCCGCCCUCCCGCCGCGACGCGGCGAUCCAGUGGCUCCGGCCCUGCCAUCCGCCAGGUCAAGACGCCUCCCCAGGCGCACUUUGUCCUCGACCCUCCUCCCGAGUUUGGCAUUCCCUCGCCGCCCACCAUGGUCAAUGCCCGCAAGAUUUGGGUUCGCCGGCCCGGUGCCUCGCCUACCCUGAUCACCAUUUCCGAGGACGAUCUUGUCGACGAUGUCCGCGACAUCAUCCUUCGCAAGUACGCCAAUUCGCUCGGCAAGACGUUUGAUGCCCCCGACCUGCAUCUUUGCGUCCACCCCCGCGACCAAAAGGACCGCCUACUGCAGCCCGACGAGCACAUGUGCCGGACUCUUGACAACUUCUUCCCCGGAGGUCAAACAGUAGACGAUGCCAUCCUCAUCGAUAUCCCGCGUAGGACGCCCAAAGCCUCGCCGCAUCCGGUCCAACUCGGACACGGCCAACAGCAGCACCACGUUCCCCACACCGCCGCCGCGAUAUACUACACCGAGGAUGGUCGGCCGCUUGAGUCUGGCGAAGGCUAUUUCCCUCCCGUCGGAGCUCUGCCCUCGCCGCAUAUGCAGCUCGCCAUGCCAGCCACAGCUGUCCACGGCGGUCAACCACACUCAAUUGCCGUCAUAGGAUCUGGUCACCUUCCUACAAUCCCGUCACCAGGAGGGUUACGCCCUCGUGGCCAUCGCGAACAGACCGGCCGUCCUCGAGUCGCCCGCACACACACGUCCACGUCGGCCAUGAAUGGAAGUCAUGGUAACUACAGCCAUGGUACGCACCAACUCCACCCCCGACUAGCCCACUCGCGCACUCAUUCAAGCUCUUCAGAUCCCGUUGGCAUGCCUCCUGGCACUGUCUCUGUACCUAUGCCAUCUCCUGGCCACGAACACGUGUAUUCUUCCUCUGGCCGCGUUGGUAUCCCGUCGCCCCGGAUGCUCGAGACUCGAUCAGCCAGUAACCGUCCCAAGCGACGCCCAAAGAAUGUCGAUUUUGCUGGUAGUGCUGUGGUGGCAGCGGUUCCUCCCAUCAGCAUACUCAUAGUCGAAGACAAUCCCAUCAACCUCAAGCUCUUGGAAGCCUUUGUCAAACGCCUCAAGGUCCGCUGGCAGACCGCCACCAACGGACGGGAAGCUGUCAAGAAAUGGCGGACUGGCGGCUUCCACUUGGUUCUCAUGGAUAUCCAGCUUCCUGUCAUGAACGGUCUCGAGGCUACUCGCGAAAUUCGCAGACUGGAGCGAGUCAAUUCGAUUGGCGUCUUCUCCUCGGUUCCCACCACACCUCAAGAGGAACUCGCUCUCGAAUUAAAUGAUAAAGACCGCCUCGAGAAUCGACAUCAUUUCAAAGGGCCAGUUAUUAUUGUGGCACUGACAGCCAGCUCAUUGCAAAGUGACCGACAUGAAGCCCUCGCAGCCGGCUGCAAUGACUUUUUGACAAAGCCCGUCAACUUUGUUUGGCUUGAGCGAAAAGUCACAGAAUGGGGAUGCAUGCAGGCUCUCAUCGACUUUGACGGCUGGCGUGCCUGGAAGUCAUUUGCCCUCGCUGAGGAGGAGGCCAAUAAGAAGGCAGCGGCAGCAAAGAGCAAGGCUAAGAAAUCUCGCUCUUCACUUGCUGCCCAAAUUUAG